AUGAAGCAAAGGCAGUAUGAACAUUAUGUGGAUGAAUUAGAACAAGCUCGACUUCAAGCUGAAGAAGAUCUUGAUGAUUUGGAGACAGUAGCACCAAAUACAGAGCAUGUUGAGGCAGAAGAUGCAGAGAUAGGUUCUGAACCAUCUGAGGAAUUUGUUCAUUUUGAUCCUGAAACAGUUCAACACAGAGAUUUUGAUAUUGGGCCAGAACUUGGAUUGUCCUCAAAAGUAACUGAAACAGAAAUGAGUGCCGUCCGCAUUCCUGAUGAGCAAAUACUGUACUCAAAAGAAGGUGAAAACCCUGAUGAUAUUAGAAUAUUACUUUGUGCUCACACUGGCAAAGCUGCAUACAACAUCAAAGGGACUACUAUUGCAUCAGCAUUUCACAGAAAAAUGUAUCAAACUCAGCAGCACAUGAGUGCAGAUGAACUGAACUCAUUUAGGACAAAGUACCGGAAUUUGUCAGUUGUGAUAAUAGAUGAAAUUUCAAUGGUUGGAAAUAAUAUGCUAUCAUUUAUAAAUAAUAGACUUCAACAACUUACUGGGAGAAAACAAGAUUUUGGUGGUAUUAGUAUCAUAGCUGUAGGUGAUUUAUAUCAGUUACCACCUGUUGGAGACAAGUGGAUUUUCAAAGACCUUUCUAAUCCUGGUCAGAGUUUAGCAAACAAUUUGUGGCAAGAACAUUUCUAUAUGCAUGAAUUAAGUGAAAUUAUGAGACAAAAGGAUGACCUCAGAUUUGCAGAAAUGUUAAAUAGACUCCGUGAAAACAAGAUGACAGACGAAGACAAAGAACUCAUUUCUCAACGUUUCAUCAGGCAAGACUCUCAAGACUAUCCUAAGGAGGCACCUCAUCUGUUUAUUGAGAACAAGUUUGUUGAUUGUUUUAAUAACAAUCUAAUAGAAAACCUUUCAACAAAUAAAGUAACUGUAAGAGCAGACACAGAUGUAUUAUCACAGACAAAACUUUCUGCAUCAGUGAAAUUGAAACUAGUUCAAAACUUGCCUGAAAACCCAGCAUCUACUGGACAAUUGAGAACUAAUUUGGUUAUUGCUGUAGAUAUGCUAUAUGACAUAUCAGUGAAUCUUGAUGUUACAGAUGGAUUGACAAAUGGUGCUUCCUGUGUUGUGAAAUACAUUGAAUAUAAAGAAUCGCAAUUAAGACCUGCCAUAGUAUGGGUACUUUUUGCUGACUCAAGUAUAGGUAUUUCACGAAGACAUCAAUACAGGCAUUUGUUUAGCACAAAUGUUAAUACUGCAUGGACUCCUGUAUUUGAAGCUAAAAGAACAUUUGCUUAUAACAGGAAGACAUAUGAGAGAGUUCAGUUUCCACUGCAACCAUCUGCUGGAAAAACAAUUCACAAAGCACAAGGAGCAACUCUUACAAAGGCAGUAAUCAGCUUAGCACAGACAAAGCAGCGAAAAAUUCCUCAUAUACAUUAUGUUGCACUUUCAAGAGUAAGGUCACUUGAUGGUCUGUUCAUUCUGGAUUUCAAUGAAAAAAGUCUUUCAAAAGAUGAAGCUGUUGAUAGAGAGAUGGAAAGGUUAAGAGAAAAUUGA